AUUCUGUAAUUCCAAAUAACAUAAAUUCUAUUUCCAAAUCCAAAUCCCAUCAAAUCCGGCAUUCCAAACACAGCGUCACCGUCUCGUCGCAACUUCUCUUCUCUUCUCCAUUCAUCACAGUAACGCAAUCUCAUUCCUUUAUUGCUGGUUCGGUAAGCUAUAAAGGAGUUGGGCUGGUUCGGUAAGCAACAAAGGAUCUGAAUAGGGGCUAGGGUUUGAAUCUACUUUAUCACUCCCCACAUUAAUUUGUAGGUGAGGAGAGGCAGCUGCAUAGGGUUUCUACUCUGAUGACGAUGGCGAUGGAGGAAACGGCGGCGACAAGCGGUGUUGUUCCCAGCGAGAAAGUUAACAGCUUAAUUAUUCAUGUGAAUGGAUCUGAGGACACUGCUGCUUCUGCGAGAUCUUCUUUACUUUGGGAAAAGGUUAGGAACUUUGUUCCUCUCCUGAAUGGACCUAAGGACACUCUUUCUUCAACAUGGACGGGCUUGGCUUCUUACUUUGCAGCUCUUAUGCAACAGUGGAGGGAUAAAAUUAUCUAUUAUAUGGUGCAGCGAUGGAUUGUUGCAUUUUGUUUGACAGCGGUUUACAUCUAUAGAGCUAUUUUUAUUGGUGGACUUGGUUUAGUUACCAUUAAUAGUAUGGUUUGGUUGAUGUUUUUCCUGGGAAAAUAUCUGUCAUCACCGGACCUACCUCACUUUAUAGAUCAGCCUCUCCCCGUAAUUUCCCAGGCCGAAUUCAAGCCCUUCGUUCGCGAACUCCGAGAGUAUGACUUAUGGACCUACUGGAUGAGGAUUACCAUCGUGGCCUUGGUGAUGUCCCUUUUUUUGAGAUUGCCAGUAGGUCUUGGCGACUUGUAUACGCAAAUCUUUUUAAUUGGUGCUAUUGUCUUUAUAUUCUUGGGAGAGCCUCUAAGGAUUUUGAGACAUUACAAUCAAUUCCCAUUCAACCUAGUGAUGAAGGGAUGCACUGGGAAGAAGAGUGCAAGUAGAUGUGGUUCAUUGGCUGAGACAAAGAUGGUAGAUGUGGUUCAUUGGCUGAGACAAAGAUGGCCUCUUCAUCAGAUAUCCACUCCAGCUGAGACAAGGAUGGUCCCUUCAUCAGAUGUUUAGAAAGGCUAGAAGCAAAGUUAUGGACUUGUGGGGAGAAAAUGCUGGCUUAGAUCCUUUUGUUUUGGUAAAUAUGUAAAAGCAAGAUUCAAUUGGGUGCAGACCAUUUUCAAGAAAUGUCUUUUGCAGCCUAUCCUAUGUCGAGUCACCCUCUUAUGUGUUUGUCUCGUGAAUGGAAUGGUUGACCUGGACAUGGUUAUUAAACAGGUUAUUUAAUGUUACUAAGUUGCGGUA